AUGGCGUCGCAAGCCCAGGCAGCGGUCGAGGCCACAGAGACAGUCCUCAAGGUGCAAAUCCUCCAUUACAGAAACCCGAACAUGACUGAAGAAGAAUACUACCAUUUCUGGAGCAACCACCAUGCCAAAAAGGCCGCGCCAUGGCUCGCCAGAAACGGUGUUCUGAAAUACGCCAUUUACCACACACCAAGGGAACACCGCGAGAUGCUUGCUCCGAUGGCGCAGCGAGCCGGCUGGAAGAUGCACGAACACGAUGGCUCCGUCGAGCUUUGGGUCCGUAGUCUGGACGACCUUGCUCGCGCUACCCAGGAUCCUGACUACAUUGCCAACAUUCAUCCCGAUCACACCAUCUUCCUGGACACGAGCAGGACCGAGGUCAUCAUCGGCUGGGAGGAAGUGAGAGUCAAGGAUGGAAAAGUUGUCUGA